CAGAAACCUGCUACUCCCUUAGUGGUAGUUUUAGAAGAGGUAGCCCUCUUAGUCUGUGCUAGUGUCGCAGCCAAAAACAAAAGAAAAAAACAAAAGUUGUGGCACCAUGAAGAGUAACUGCUACAUUUCCAUGUGAGUUUUUGUGGAAAAGUCCACUUCUACAAAACUACUACUCUCAGACUUCUCUGCAUUUCAGUUUAGCAGAAGACACUGAGAAAGUUCUGAAAGAAAAGAAGAAAACAGGCCCCAAGGUGAAAUGGAAGAUGAAUAUGAAUAUAUUGUCUACUUUUUGCAAACAUUUCCUGCCCAGAAAGAAGAGAUUGAAAAGUGUAUCAGAUGUCUUCAGGAAGUGGCCGACAGCAUUGACAAGAUCCAUAAGAGCUGUACCAUUGCCAGCCUCACCGCCAACUCAACAAGCGCCUCUUCUGGUGUCUUAAGUGUCAUGGGAUUGUUUCUGGCCCCUGUCACAGCAGGCGGAAGUUUGAUCCUGACAGCCACCGGGAUUGGCUUAGGAGCAGCAGCGGCAGUGACUGGCCUGUCCACUACUUUAUAUGAAAGUGUCAGUAGUUCAAAGGAAAUUCAAAAAGCACAAGAGCUAAUGAAUGUGUGUGAGAAAAGCCUGAGAAAAGCACUACUUCCUGAUGAAAUAGAUUUCAACCCUGAACCAGCCCUGGGUAAUGGGGCCAUGGGGGAAAACAUCAAGCAGCUUGUUUCCAACAUUGCUGGUCAAGCUCCUGACAUGUGCAAAACUGUCAAGAGAAUCAAAUCUGUGAAAGGAAUCAGAACAAAUAUCAAGGCCUGGCAAGUUGCUCGAAACAACCCUGGCCUGAAGGCUUUAGCCAAGCGAAUGACGGCUGGAGGAUCUACAUCCCAGAGUACAAUAUGGGGGGCCAAGCGUGUCAACAAGGCCUUUGCAGGAACCACUCUUGCAAUGACUAAAGGAUCCAGAAUGCUGAGUGCUGCAUCCGCUGGGGUGUUCAUCCUCUUUGACGCCUAUAGCAUUGUCCAAGAUGCUAAAUGUUUAACCGAGGGAGCCAAGGCUGAAACAGCUGCAGAGAUCAGAAAGAAGGCUAGCCAAUUGGAAAAGGAACUGUACCAUCUUCAGAAACUCUACAAGGAAUUCAAAGACCUGGUGUGAGUAAAAAGAGACCAAAGAGCCAAAAAACAUAGACAUUUGUCAUGUAACCAUGUUACUAUUUGGUCAUAAUAAAUAUAAAGGAGAUAUAUAGAUGGAUAUGGAUUUGUCUGUAUUUCUAUCCUGCCUUCUCUCUCUCUCUGAAAUAAGUUUAGUUGAAUGAAAGUCGGUCUUUAAACAUAAGCCAACCCAGUGAGUUUCAUAUCUCAGUGGAAACUGCUAUCAGCCCACACUCUAACCACUAAUAUCCCCAUUGAAUGCAGCAGUCUAAAGACCACUUUGUAAUCCAGAGGUAGAUUUGAUUCUUGCAUCUUGUCCAUACAGUAUAUUCUCUGGAGGAGAUACAACUAAUGUUCUCAACAUGUGCCCAUCUUGAUGUAUCCAUCAGUUGCAUCUUCGCCAGAGAAUGCAUAGACAAGAUACAAGAAUCAAAUCUACCUAUGGAUUACAUAGUGACGUGGUCUUUAGACUGCUACAUUAACAAAACAGAGACAGGCACAUGAGACAUCUAAUGUAAUAUUUCUUACAAUGAACUUUUAUUCCCUGAAAAGGCAGUGUAUAAAAUUACAUUGAAGCUCUAAGACUUACACAUAGUGUGACAACCAAUUAGGAAUAAUUUUGAUUCCUGUAUCACCAACAUUUCUCAGAGUACUACUGGUUAUUUUAGAUGCAAAAAUGAAAUCAUUGAAGUUACGGCAACUAACUGAGACUAGCUAAGGAAUUGCUUGUCAUGUCUGUACCUCAUUAUGUACCUCAUUAUGACCUGGUACAGAAACAGCAGCUUGUUAAUUAGUGACUGCUAAAAAGUUAGCAUUCAUGAAAUGGAAAUAUAUGAUGAUAAGAUUCAUACAUGCCAAGUGAGGGGUUCUGCAGUCAGAAAAGCAAGUGCUAACACUCCUUAAUACUCCUAAAUUGCAUGACUUCUUGAUUACUGCACAUGCUUUGUAAGGAUUUGCUUGUGAAAAGAGAUCAGAAAAUUAUUUUGAGUUUGUAAGCUAUGCUUUGUUAUCAUUUGCAAUUUAGUUUUGUUUGAUGGAAUUGGUUUUAACUGUUUGUAAACUGCCCAGAAUAGUAUUUCACCACU